AUGGUUGAUUAUAGCAAAUGGCAAAACAUGGAACUCAGUGAUGACUCCGAUGUCGAAUGUCUUCCCGGCAUUGACAAGCGAUCCUACAUGGAAUUCCUGCGACGCACCAAGCACGCAGAGCGAGAGCGGCGCAAAGGAGAAAUCGAAGCCCUCAAAAACAAGCAUUCUGAGAACGUAGUAGUUGCGCAACAAGUAUCAAACUUGAUCACAUCAUUGAAGGCAGAUACGGCCAGCAAAUCAUCCGACCAAGAUCCAUUCGAAACUGCAGUUGGCAUAGUUAUGCAAUGGAGCCUCCAAGGUGUCAAAAGCUCUGAGAGCCCACCGCCGCCUCCGGGCGACUUGGCUCAGAAGACACCGGAACCAACUUCGUCCGAGAAGAUACUCGGCUUCUUGAAUGAUUUGGAAAAGGGGCUCAAUGAGCAACACCCUGGCGAGUGCUACCGUCGCGACGCCAUUCUGGAUGGACUCGCAGCCCACAUCACAGACAUUGAAAGCCAGCAGGCUGAGAUUGCUGAAAAGAUCAGCAUCUUACAAGCGAAGGAUGCGGAUAAGAUCACCAGCGAAUGCUAUCGUACUGGUUUCAACAGCUCUGAUAUCAAAAAGGCAGGCACUGCAGGUCCAGAGAGCGACGACGAGUCAUCUGCAUCUUCCUCUGAAGAUGACGACAAGCUGCCGGCAACGCCAGCCGCGAUUGCCUUUGGCGAGCUCACGCCGUCCGACCUCGCAGGGAGCCAGGCCCUCAUCGCUUGCCACCCAGAGAUUCUGCGAGACAGCGAAGUGAAUGCACUCCUCGCCAAAGCUUUCAAAGCCGCCACAAAGAACAAAAAAGACCCAAAGGUCCGACAAUACGUGCAUCAGGCAAUGAUACUUGAGUACUGCUACAAGCCCGAGCCCAAGGGUCCGGCCGCGUUCUUCAGACGCAUGGUCGCUCCUGGGGGCGAGCUGAUACGGCAGUUUCACCAGCAUGUCGCAUUGCGACUGCAUCGCUUCCUCAAUCUUGUCGAGACCAACCCAAAGCGCCGACGCCGCAAGGGUGACCAAAUCCAGCUGUUCGACGCUGAGCCCGGCAGGCAUGCCCGCAUCGGAGUCCCGGCCGUCGGCAGCGCGGAGCGAACAAUCUUUGACAAGUUUCCAUCGCAGAUGCGAGAGGCGCUGGAGACUGGCUCUCGCAACAGAGUCAACCAAGUCCUGGGCAGAAUGAAGUUUGCCGAGGCGAAGGAGAUGGUCGCCUUGAUGGGUGAGGCAAAGUGCAUAAGCGUUCGAAAAGAGACUUUGGAUGGAACUGGGGGAGAAGGGGAGGAGUUGCGGCAGCUGCCUGCGUCGUCAUAG